AUGACGAAACACUGGGAACCCUGGAAGGAUGAGAUCACGCGGCUUUACCUGACAAAAUCGAAGACAUUGGAAGAAGUUCAAGGUAUUUUGAGAUCGCGAGGCUUUGAUGCAUCAAUUCGUGCUUAUCGAAUGAAGUUGGACGCUUGGGGUAUUCGGAAAAAUACCUCCACCCGUACCAACAAGAAACGACGGAGAGAAUGUUCGCAACCAUCAGAGAUGAGGAGUGGGUACCAUGACAAUCAUGCAUCCAGCAGUACCUCUCUUGCUUCCUCGAUCCAGAAAGACACUGGGGAUCAACUUGGAUCUUCCGCUUUGUACCUACAGCCAUCAUUGGAUGCAAACAACACCAGCACGACUUCAGACUUCGAUGCACGUGUACACCGUAUACUUGCCCUUCACAAUUGCGUUUUGCCCGCAGGGCCCAUGGAUGCCAAUCAACUCAUGGACAUUUUAGGAUCGACGAGUUAUGGCCGUUUUGGCAGUGACGCUAUUCUUGAAAUUCUGCUUCUCAAGUGGCAAGCAGACGGUGAAUAUCUGAGAAAUGCCCUGGACUGGGUAGCUUGGAUGGACGGCACGCCUUUGGCUCACAUCGAGGGAAACCUUUUCAAAAUUCUUGACGCUAAGCUUCGCCUGAAGGAGCGCGUACCUUUGGCAAAAGCUUGUCUGAUACGGCUGAAAGAGAGUGGACCGAUCAGCAGAGCCGUGGUUGGUGAUUGGCGUUGGUUGCUCAACGUAUUGAAUGAAACAAAAACAUGGGCAGUGAGGAAGAGGAUUUUGGACCCACGAAAAUACCAUGUGCAGAGAGAGGACAUGGGUCAGUGUUUUAUCGAUUGUGUUCCAAUUGUUUUUGCAGAAGACUCUCUGGCCUCCCUCAUGAACUCGUGGGAAGAUAUGAUGUAUAAUGGAAAGACCAAAGUGGACAAUGAAAAGUUGAAAAGGAUGCGAUCCGAAUAUAUGGACAUCCUAGAUGAUUUCUCGGAUGCCACUCUAUACCUCGACCUGGAUAAAUCAUAUUACAAGUUCGCUCUACUAUUGAGCAAAUGGUACGAGGAGGAGCGCCGGAGCGAGGAGGCCGCAAAGACAUUGGAUGACUCGAGAGGGGUAAAUGAAUUCCUGAGCACCAAACACUCAGAGAUACAACUGCUUGUUUCGAGUAGAGGUGAGCAAGUUGAGCAAGAGUCUUCAGAAAGCUCGGAAGUAGUAUUGCAGAUGGAGGUCAGCACAGUUUCCACAGUCGACUCAGGCACUACGGAAGUGUCAAGCUUCUCGCGGCCGGCGAUUGAGGACAAUUCCGUACUUGCUCAGACCCAGGAAGUUUUUGACAACCUUUAUCAGACCUGGGUAAUGAAGCUAGACCUAGGGGAACUUCCGCUGAUCCCACUAACUCUGGAUCGCUCCAACAGUCCAUCCAGCCACAGAUUAGGAAUAAACAGGUUGUUUGGCCUAAUCUCACUCGAUGUACCCCUUGAAGACCGCGUACCAUUCACGAAGGCCAUCCUUGACUCCUUUGGAGGAGACCCCCGCUUUCAUGGUCUUCUGUCUUAUCAAUUUGUGACCAGCUGGUUUACUCUGUAUGAGGCGACUACUUGGUAUGAUUAUAAGCGCGAGCACGAUCAAGUAGCCGGAUGGCAUUGGGACCCAAGCGAAGUCUCCAAGGAAAAUUUACGUACGAUCCUAGACUACACCACCGUGCUCGUGGGCAAGCGACUACUGGGAAACUUGGACCGGGAGUUCAAAUCUUGGAGCACCCAAGCUUUCGUCUCCUCGAGGGUAUAUAGGGAUAGCAAGCGGGAGUUUGAUGGCGUCAUAGAGUGGUUUACGAACCAUUUGGAUCUAUUGGAAGCAGAUGAGAGGCUGUGGCUUCGUCAUUUCGGAAUAUCAUUUAGCUCAAAUGAUCCGUAG